GCAGCCGCUGUAGCUGAAGCAGGACACUUGGUCCGGAAGCGGAGAGAGGUGAGGCCCAGGCGUGGAAGCGGCCGGGCGCUCCCCGGCGCGGCGGGGGUGCGGGCUGGAGAUGAGCAGCGAGCUGCUCACGCUGGACUGCCUCGUCCACGUCUUCUCCUACCUGGAGGCACCGGAUCUGCUCCGCGCCGCGCGGGUGAACCAGGCAUGGAACGAAGCCGCAGGCACAACUUCCCUAUGGAGAAGGAUGUGCCUAGAUCGUUGGACCUUUUGCAAUAUUUCCAACCUGACUCCGGGUAUGCAGACAUGGAAACAGUACUAUCUCCACCGCUCCAAACUUGAGCAUGAAAUGGCAUCAGGCCGGCCAUCAGCUGAUUAUAUAUGUAGGUCCAUGAGGGGGCAUAAAGGUAAAAUAGUUGGUCUGGCUUAUCUCUCAGACAACGAGCAUGUGUUUGGCGCUGGAAAGCUGAGGUCUGUGGUUUGCACUGCAUCUACUGAUGGCACUAUCCGAGCAUGGCAGGUCCAAGAGGGUACACAGAUCUGGUCAAGUCCCUCCCAGGAAGUGCCAUUUGUAAAGGUUAUUACUGUCCCACAGUACAAACUAGCAAUCAGCACAGACGCCUUUGGAACCAUUAAAGUCUGGCAUGGAGAAACUGGGGAAGAGCUUGCUGCAUUCUCUACAUCGUCGUCCUCGUCCAGUCUGGUUACCUACUCAGUGAACAAUAAGCCCUUCCUAACUGUGGCUACUGCAGGAGGUGCUAUCUAUACGUUAGAAGUUCCUCAUCUAAAUCAGGUUUCAUGUAUUGCAGCAUUUCAAAACUCUAGCAUUGAUUUAUUACUUUGUUCACCGGACAAGCAAUGGCUAGUUGCUGGAUCUACUGAGAAUGCAAAUACAUUUCCAAAGAUGUUUUAUACAGAUUGCUUGAUUAACCCAGUGGAUGAACCACCCAUAUCUAGUUCUAUGCCUGUCAACAAUUGUGCUGUUGUCUGCUGGUUACCAAAAGCACCAGCAAGAAUAGCAGUAAUGCACCAAGAUCGCAUGGCUGUUCAAAGGAACAUCAUAGUGUUUGAUCUAGCUGUCAAAAAGUCUAAAUAUAAAACGGAAGUUCUAGCUCAACAGAUUGCAAGUUUCACACUGCCACAAAGCACUUGGCCUACAACAAUUCUCAUGGAAGGGCACGGAACAGAAACAAUUCUUCUAGGAUGUGGAUCAAACUUGAAACUAUAUUCAAUUUUUGGGACUCAAUUAGAAGCUUUCCAGCAUCACAACAAUACAAUCACUUCAAUAUGGGUGGAUUCUUUUCAUGUUGUCACAUCAUCUUUGGAUCUCUCACUCCGUGUUUACACAUGGAAAAAAGUAAACAAAAUCUCUUCACUGACAAGUCGCUAUUACUUACUAGGGGGAACCCACAGAUGGUCAAGGGGCUUUACAGAUGUGGCCUGUGACAACAUCAGCAUCGUAGGUGUGGUAGCUGAAAGUGACGAAACAAGUAUUUUAAGAGCAUAUUCCUUUAACCUGUAAAUGGAGAAACAUUUAAUAGUCCUUCAUUUUAGCUGCAGUUGUGGGUGUUUCUUAGCUAGAGGUGUUCCCUUUGAGCAAUAUACUGUGAUAAGCUUUGUGAACACCCCCCUUUGAAUAGAAGAGAUGCUGAUGAGCACCAUGAAGCUAGGUCCCCUCACUCAGAAACCAUCAGCUGUGGGGUCAAGUAAAAGCCUGUGUGGUAGCCAUAAAAAUAAUGCUACCACCACAUAGCAUAUAUACUGAAGUUUAACCACAAUGUCUAGAGAUCAUACCUAAGCUGUACUUCAUCUAGUACAAUUGUGGAAUAAAAAUAGUCCUUUAAAAUACACUAAUUUCAGUGAUGCCAUGGCUAUUUAUAUUAUAGCCUUUAGAAUGCAGUAUCUCAAUAAGUAAACUUCACUUUCCAUUAUGAAAAUUUAGGUACACUUACCCUAAAUAAAGAGUCAUACAACAGUUUGAAAUUUAUUGGCUCUGCAGCAAAGUACAAUUAGGCUCAUAGGAAAUACUCAAUACAUGCUUUAAUGCAAAAAAAUAGAGGAAGGAAACAAUUCUUGGUCAGUAUAGUGUGGUUCAGUGCAACAUCUCCUGGCAUGGUGUUUUAUCCAGAAGAUGUAUGAUACUCUGUCAAGUACUGAAGUACAUACUAACUACCCCUAAGUAACAUAGGAGACAUCUUUUCCACACCUGCAAGAUUUAGACCAACAUGAAGUCUUGAAAAAAGUACAUAACUCUGCUAUACAUUUAUAUUGCAAUGGUGUAGUCACAGAACAGUUUGUUCUUUCACACAUCUACAGGAAAGGACCCCUAUACUUCCUUCCAUUGCUUGUGAUUCAUUCAACAUUAUUUGUUUUUAAGCUGGCUGCAAGUCUGCCCUUAAGAAAACCAUUUUAGAUGUUUAAUCAUGGAUAAAGAGUUUUAAAGCUUGAUUUUAUUCAUCUUAUAGAAAAUCUGAGUUGUCAUUAGGAACCUGAGACUUUCAUAAGCAUUGAGUACUUUAAGAGGUACAUCCCUCACUUCUAAUAUCAUUAAAAGUCACCUGAAUCAAUAUACCUUAACUCUCUCAUUCAGUGCUGGAAAAUCUUAGCUAAUCUUGAAAGGCAGGAGAGAGAGACUCUUACCAUAUUACAUCACUCACUUUUACUAAAAGAGCAAAUAGUGUGUUCAUUUGUCCUCAAAAGCAACACUAUACUGCUACAACCUUGAGGUUAGUACUGUACAUGGGUUGUCAGAAUGAGUCUGUUGCUGCCACACUUACUUUCAUUAAAACUUAUGAUCAAAUAUGUUUGGCUUACACCAGUUUUUUCUUCACAUAUCAAAGCUGCAGAAGUUUAGACUGAGCCAAAAUGGUCCUGUUGUAAUAAUAAAGCCCUAAGAAAGGCAGCAGGUUGUAUAGUUAACUCCUUGUGAGCAAAAUCCCUGCCCUAAAACUAUGCAACCUACUACCUCUUCCUAGGAGCCCACUGUUUCUUCUGCAGUUCUUCUAUUUAGCAGCUGCACUGUGAACUCAGCUGUUAACUUUUAUUGCAGUUUCUUUUGACUUUGUUUUCAGACAUACAUAUACUGUGACUUUUACAUUCAUUUAUAUUUCCAGAUAACCUCAGCUUUAUUUCACUAUAUUUGGUAAUAAGUCAGGAAUGGUGGAUCAGUUACAGAAGUUGUCUCUAGACUAAAAACCUUGAUGACUGAUAAUUAAGGUGAAUCUGAAGCAGUAUAAGUCCACUACCACUUGUUCAGUCAGAACAGCCCCUAAAAUUAAUCACUUAUCAGGUAGCUCCUUCUCCCACACAAUAAACAAGUCAGGGUUUAACCAUUUUAGGCAGUGAAAGAACAAGUUUGAGCCUAUGCCAUUUAAAAAAUAAAAUGUAACCAGCUCAGAUUUAUUGGGUAAAGAAAACCUUCUGGGGCUCAUAAUCCACCAGGAUGGUUAAAACAGGCAUCAGGGGAUCAUAGCCAUCCUACACUCUGAUGGGGAUUACCCUCCCAUUUAGUAAGGUGCAAAGAAAAAGUGGAGAACCACUAACUGAAUCUCACUCCCUAGCCUUGGGGUGGGGGAGAAGAAGUGGAGAGAGACAGUGAAAUGUUUAUACAAGAUAGUACUGCUGAAGUCAUUUUCUCACAAAUCAGUUUACGGGCUACAUGCUAUCAGGGCACCCAUGAAUUUUGAAACUUGUGUGUGACUGUCUGACCACUUUAAGUCAAGAUUAGUAAUGUAACAGAACACAUUUGAAAGACCAUUUGUAUAUAAACACAUCACUCACCUUUGAAAAAAAAUUCAGCACAGUAGCAAAAUCCAAUGUUAGGGUGUGCCACAUUAGCAUUUAGUGCUAUAAAUCCAGCCACUCAAAUCACCUGAAAGUCCACUCACCAACUGUAAACUCAGGAUGCUCAACUAGCAUGCAAAGGAACUGCAGAUUUUUUUUUACUCCUCGGGGAAGGCAAUAGAUUGUAUAGUUAUCUCCUGAACAGGGUAAAAUAACUACCCUACAACUAUACAAUCUACUACCUCACUCCAAUAGAGAAAUUUGUACUUAACAGUCCUAGUUUCAGGAAAUAUAGCUUAGCUGCACAGCUAUUCAGCUUUGAACAAGUUGUAUCUUAUGGCACCAAUUACCACUACUAGUAUUUUGCUUAAUUAGAAAUGCAAGUUUUAGUUUUUAAAUUACCCCAUGCAAUAUACAGUUAAGAUGAAAUCUAUUCUUCCAUACCUGUGUUUCUCCCCUAAAGAGAAUUAAAAAAAAAAUAUCUAACUUGAAAAUCAGAAUGGUAAAGAAACUGACUUUCCUGGGAUAAACAAAUCCAGACAUACAUAUCAACUCUGCUAUGCUACAGAAAUGUAUUUCCUCUGCCCACAAGCCCUUUGACCUAGAGAAGGUCUGAAGAACUGGACAAUAAACUUUAAAGCAAAAGAUCUGACAUUGCUGAUUUUCUGCUGCUUUAGGAAAGACAGUAGAUUGUAUAGUUAUCUCCCAGUUGUGGGUAUGACCCUAAAACUAUACAACCUACUACCUCAUCCCACAGUGCAGGCAUCUUCUUAGUUCAGAUGUAGAGGGAAUGUUGUUUUACUAAAGACAAGUUAGCUACAAGACAGCAUCUAUAUUAUACAUAACAGUUUACCAGAGAGAAAGUUUCCCCAUGCAACAAGUUACUUAGAAAGAUUUUGAUCUCAGACUUUUUUAAAAAUUAUACCAACCAUUGGGGCUCUCAAGACUUCACCACUGGAUAGACAGCAAGAUGCAGAGCAAGAAAGGUAUCUAAAACUCAAUUUUCUUUUAAAAAUGGGUUAAAUUACAAUCUUCUUCCAUAGAUGUAAUCUCAAAUCUGAAAGUAGAACAAAGACAGUAUCAGAAAUCUUACAUACAGACCUACAUCACUUAUUCCUCUUGUGAAUUAACAGUAACAGUGAAACCUAAAUACCAUGGCUUUCUUCAGCCAAUGUUUCUAGUUGUACCAGUGCAAGGGCUUAAUGCCUAUAAACUAGACCAAAUACAAAAUGUAAUACCAUGAACUACCAGUGUUUUAAACUGAUUUAGCGUAUGGCAGUUAAAUGCUAACUUUAAAUCUAACAGUACAAAAGUGCUACUUUGCAGUGUAUCAGUCAGCAAAUUGUUACCACAGAUCUUAGAUUAACUUCUUGGGGGCAGAGACUACCUUGAUGUACAGCAUGCAGCACAAUACUGCUUUGAUCCUGAUUGGGCCCCUCUAGGCUCUACAAUAUGAAUUCAACUUGUUUCUCCAAAAGCAACUUAAAAUGUACUUAACUUUUAAAAAAGUUAACAAGAUGUACUAAUUCAGUCAGAUGUAAAUUUAAAGGCAGUUUCCACACUAGCAUCCGAUGAAGUGAGCUGAAGCUCACGAAAGCUUAUGCUCAAAUAGUCUCUAAAGUGCCACAAGUACUCCUUUUCUUUUUACUAGCACUUCAGUUGACUAUGAUCCUGAACAGGGCGGGGUGGGGACGGGACCUAAAUCUAAGCGUGGGCCAGGCAGAUACGUAUGAUUUAGAAUCCACUCCUUGGCAAAGGUAGCUUGAAAACAGGGAAUGGGGGAGGAAAGCUGAUUUAUACUUGGAAAAAUAAUUAACAGCCUGAAAUAAGUAUUUAGCAGUGAAGCUUUCUAAACAGUUCAAAUACUAUGCAUGUACUAGAUUUUCUUCACAAUUCUACUUCAGACAAGUCUUCAAACAAAGCCUUAAUACAACCAGUGAUCCAGUGCAUUUACACACAAACGGAUGACAUUCCUCCAUGAACAGCAAACAAAAGCAAAAAAAUGUUUCCAAAAUUCUUCAAUUCUGUACCUUCAUUUGUACAAAAUACUGACAAUGAAUUUUAGUGGAUUGCUUUUAAGAUUCUGCCAUGGAUUAGCAUAAACCCCAGACCUGCUUUCAUGAACCUUAUGCCUAUCAUAAUUUAAUUUUUUUAAGUAUUCAUUGCACAGAUGGGCAUAAGCUGUUGGUCCUAAUUCCCAAAACAGAAAUAAAUUUGAACAGUAGCAUUGGAACAAGAUCAGAAGCUAUUAUACAGAUUUGGCACAACCUUAUUUAGAUUAGCUCAGGGUAGGCAAAGAUCCUGGAGUCAGAUGUGAAAUAAAAAAAAUACGUGCAGAAAGACUAAAAAUCUUUUCAUGAGAUUCUUUGCUUUUCCAUAUGAGUUUUCACUAGCAAAGCAGAGAGCUGUGCAAAGGUAACUCAUAUCCAAGACACAGAGUCUGCUGAUGCCUUCUCUGUGCAGUGCGGUGAACUAUGUCAGAUUAAGCCAAACAGGUGUAAGCCAAAGCUGUUCCUCUAUCACUCACUGAGACAGUGAAUCCAGUGGGUUUAAUGAAAUCCAAGAUGCAUAACAAAUCUGCAAAAGCACAGGUCUAAAUUUCUACACUACACCCUUAAAAUCCAAAGUUAUUUAUAGUUUUAAAUGUGUCUAAAAUUGUCUGUAACAAGUGUUUACAUGGCAGCAACAUAGCAUACCAAAAACACAAAGUAUAAAGACAGUAAAACUGCAUUACUAGAAGCCCAUUGCUCUAACUCUCAUACAUAAAGUAGACUGUUUUUGGAAGUUUAUAUUGUAAAUGUUGUUGAAACCAGUGUGGCUUUUUCAUAAUUUUGAAUUACAGAGGUUAAGACAACAUAUUGGAAACCAUAAAAAGCAUGCAAGGCUCUGCCUUAGUUUUACUUCUGAAGCUACAAAAUUCCCAUAUUAACUUGUUACAAGAAAUUGGGAGGCUGUAAAUCAUUUCCCCUCUCCAUCACCUUUUCCAUCACUAGACCAGCUUGCUGUUCCUCAAUAUACAAGUGCCUGUAGUUGCUUUCAACUCAAUGUAAGAAAACACAUUUCCCCCAUACAGGCACUUUUUGGUAUUAAGUUUAAGAGCAGACAAACCAUACCUGAACAAGGAUGUAAUGAAAUUAAACUCUACUAACCCUGUUUUAUCUUUCUAAUAUAGUACUUUUAUAGUGCAGUCUGUCAUAGGGUCUUAAAACAUUUUAAUGAAAUCUCAAAUACCAGUCUGAGUACGUUCAGUCCUCAUUUUACCAAUGAGGAAAAUGUCACUGGUCAUCAUACAGCACGCCAGAGUGGGAAGCAGACUCAGUGUGACACCAGGUCUUAUAGUCUGUCCAUCAGAUUAUGCUUAAAGAUAAUGGCUGUUGAUUACAUGCUGCAAUAACUAGAUGGUCAGGCUACCAUCACUCAUUUUCUUCACUGUUUUGAGCUAUAAAUUUAAUCCAACAUAUCUCAGUGCUCACUUCCAUCCGAAUGGAAAAAGCAUCCUAUGUUUGUUACAUUAUCCAGUUGUGAAAAUAAAUAUGCAUCACUCAAGAUAUUGAAGUCCAUUUU